CGCGUCCGAGAAAGCGCAUGCGCAGCCUUCGCGCGUGCAUCCUGGUUUGCCCUGUUUGCCCUUCGAAAAAAGCCUCGUUUGCGACAUUGACGCCAUCCUUACAUUUCUGUGGUCUUUGCCUCGACGAUCUUCACUCCACCAUGUUCGUCAAAGGGCUCUCACUAUGCGGCAGCGAGGCCAUCGCCUGCUUCGGGCGGUUACCCGUCAACAGCGGCACGGCGAGCAUUUGCGGUUUCCGUGUGCGAACAAAGUACACACGAGCAGCGAAACCUAGCACCUCCUCCUCUCCUGGGGCUCGUAGGCAGGUAUCGGUGGAUACAUCACGGCAACUGCGGCCGGAACUCAAAAAACCAACUUCCAUGUCAAAGUCGACCGCAUUGCGGCUCACGAAAGCAGUGGGAAUCGGCAGCAGUGGUGGGACGAAAGGUCGUUCAAAUUCCAAAGCCCAACCAACCUCUAGCAGCACCAGCACCACUCCCUCCGACCUUGCGGAACCCACGCUAAAUUCAAAAUAUCUACCGGUGUCCUUUGAAGAGCAUCUCACACGACUGGACGCGUUCUUGGAGAACCGGCUGGGAAUUCGGAGGAACGUCGCUCGGCUGAAGAUUUUGAACGGGGAGGUAUCGGUACAGGGCAGCACGCAUGCACGGUUCGUCGAUAUCAAACCUCAGGGGAUCGUGCAUGCAGGGGAUGUAGUGGUUGUUGUUAUGGGCAGAAAAAAGAAAGCACCCGAGGAUAUGACCGCGGAGGAAAAGCAGAGCGUUGAGGAUGCGAUAGAGGCCGAGAUUCAGAAACUGAGAGCAUGCGUGCUUUACAGAGACAACGAUGUCCUGCUGAUCAACAAGCCAGCUGGCCUGGCCGUACAAGGCGGAUCGAAAACCUCAAUGCAUAUAGAGAAGCUUCUGGGCGGCCUCCAAUUUGACGCCGCUGAACCACCUCGCUUGGUCCACCGUCUCGACAGGGAUACCACCGGCGUCCUCCUCCUUGCCCGAACACGGGAGUGCGCCGCGAGGAUAAGCAAGUUGUUCAGAGACCGUCAUGAGAGUGUGACCAAGUUCUAUCAAGCCGUAGUGGUCCUUCCUGUCCCAAAGGAUGAAUAUGGGGAUGUGCGACAGGCUGGGUGGGACAGCGGGAAGUCGCCGAUACCAGAGGAGGGCCGAAUCACCACGGGUAUUGCGAGUGUAGGGAAGAACGGGCAGGAGAGGAUGACUAUCGUGGAGUGGUACAAGCAAGACGAAGAGCAAGAUGACCCUGAGAUCAAGAAGGCCGUCACCGACUACAGAGUGCUUGUUUCGGGGAAGAAAGCAUCGCUCCUUGAGCUCAGGCCUCUCACGGGACGGAAACAUCAACUGCGUGUGCACUGUGCUGAGCAUCUUAAUGCGCCCGUUCUCGGGGACCCGAAGUAUGGCAAAGGUGCUAUACACCGGUUACAGGGCGAUUGGGUUCAACGCAAGCAUGUCCCGCUGCAUUUACACAUGCAUACCAUAGUGUUGAAGGACUGGUAUGGACCACAUGCGGACUUAAAAGUGACGGCGCCUUUGCCUCCGUACAUGCAAAACAGCAUACAGCAAUUGGGACUGCGGCAAUCGAAGCCGUGAGCAUGGUGAGAUGAACGGCUCGUGUUUGUCUGCGUGGGUUUCCGAGUUCUAUCUUUUUGGGGUGGGGAUUGUGAAGGGGCUGCACAAGAGGAAAUGGGACUACCGCGGGAAGUGUAUGUAUCUGUGUAUGUAGCUGGCGUAGUGCAACCACCUCGCAUCCUUGUGGUGUGUCCACACAAUCGUAGUUUGGCGUACUUUUUUGUUCGAUAUCACUUCUUCGUGAUGAAAUAUGAGAUGGACAACGACAACUCAGUUCGCGGAAUAUAGUCACCAGGGCAGCAAUACAUAGCAAGAUCACUGAUGGGCUUGGAAUGGGCUGAACCAUUGGAAGACCGACAUCAGAUUUUAGAGAGUCGAGAUGCGCAAACUGACGGCACCACGCGCUGUCAAGUUCGUGUUCAGGUGGCUUAAGGCGGCGCACAGCUGACUCCGACG